AUGUACGGCACUGGGACUGGCCCGCAGACGGGCGUCUCAACUCCCAGAUCGUCCCAAUCCCUCCGACCGCUCACUCUCUCCCACGGUUCUCUGGAGACAUCUUUUCUUGUCCCUACCAACCUCCAUUUCCACGCGUCUCAGUUGAAGGAGCAAUUCGCUGCCGGCCUGCCAGCAGCCACAGAUGAGCUGGCUCAAGAUGACGAACCUUCCUCGAUAGCUGAACUUGUGGCGCGAUACCUGGGCUUUGUUGCCCACGAAGUUGAUGAGGGCGAGGAUGAUACCCAAGGUUCCUACGAGGAUCUAUUGAAGCUCGUACUCAAUGAGUUCGAGCGAAUGUUCCUCCGAGGUAACGAUGUCCACGCCCUGGCGAAGGGCCUGCCGGGUAUCCUCGAGAAGCAAAUCACAGUUGUCAAAUGCUACUAUGCCGCGCGCAAUGUUGCAAACCGAGCUAUGAGACCACACGAUUCGGCACUGUUCAGAGCUGCUGACGAGGGCUCUGCCAAGAUCUACAACAUUUUUGGUGGUCAAGGCAACAUUGUCGAAUACUUCGACGAACUCCGUGAGGUGUACGAGACAUACCCGUCCUUUGUAGGGGAGCUUGUCACAGCCGCUUCCGAGUUGCUGCAGAAUUUGUCGCUUGACCCGCGAGCCGAGAAGCUCUACGCAAAAGGACUUGAUGUUAUGACGUGGCUGCACUCCCCAGACACCACUCCUGAUGCAGACUAUCUCGUUUCUGCUCCAGUCAGUCUUCCACUAAUUGGAUUGGUCCAGUUGUGUCACUACCAAGUCCUCAUCAAGGGCCUUGGUCUUCACCCUGGCAUUCUGCGAGAUCGUCUCAGUGGUGCGACUGGUCAUUCGCAAGGUGUGGUCGUUGCAGCGGCCACCGCUGCCGCAGGUGACUGGGAGUCAUUCUCCAAGGUUGCGAAAGAUGCUCUCACUAUCCUUUUCUGGAUUGGUGCUCGAAGCCAGCAGGUGUUUCCGCGGACUUCUUUGCCACCAAAGAUGCUUCAAGACUCGAUCGACAACGGUGAGGGUGACCCUACUCCUAUGCUUAGCAUCCGCGAUCUCCCUCUGAGCGAGGUACAGAAGCACAUUGAUGUCACGAAUCAGUAUCUGCCCGAGGAUCGACACAUAGCCAUCUCACUUGUCAACAGCCCAAGAAACAUGGUCGUCACCGGUCCACCUGCGUCGCUGUGUGGUCUCAAUCAGAACUUACGAAAGGUCAAGGCCCCCACUGGAUUGGACCAGAACCGGAUUCCUUACACCGAGCGCAAGGUCCGUUUCGUGAACCGCUUUCUACCGAUCACCGCACCUUUCCACAGCCAGUAUCUCGCAGAGGCUACCAAGUUGAUUGAUGAAGAUCUCAAGGACGUUAAGAUUGACGUCGCGUCCCUGGGCAUUCCUGUGUAUAACACUUGCACUGGCAAAGACCUGAGAGAGGAGGCCAAAGGCGAUAUUGUCCCGGCCCUCGUUCGCAUGAUCACUCGCGAUCCGGUUCACUGGGAGGAUGCCACCGUGUUCCCCAAGGCAACUCAUGUUUUGGACUUCGGUCCCGGCGGCAUCUCUGGUCUCGGCAUACUCACCAGCCGCAACAAGGAAGGCACAGGUGUGCGUGUCAUUCUGGCCGGAACCAUUAAUGGCUCGGCCCAGGAAGUAGGAUACAAGCCUGAGCUGUUUGAUCGCGACGAGGAGAACGCCGUGGUCUAUGCCAAUGACUGGAUCAAGGAGUACGGUCCCAGACUGAUCAAAACAUCCAGUGGUCAGACCUAUGUGGACACGAAGAUGAGCAGACUCCUCGGUGUGCCACCCAUCAUGGUUGCCGGCAUGACGCCUUGCACAGUACCCUGGGACUUUGUUACUGCCACGAUGAACGCAGGCUACCACAUUGAGCUCGCUGGCGGUGGUUACUACAACGCCAAGACAAUGACUGAAGCUCUUGAGAAGAUCGAGAAAGCAAUUCCAGCUGGACGUGGUAUCACAGUCAAUCUGAUCUACGUCAAUCCUCGUGCCAUGGCAUGGCAGAUCCCGCUCAUUGGCAGGCUGAGGGCCGAAGGUAUUCCCGUCGAGGGUCUCACCAUUGGUGCUGGUGUCCCCUCCAUCGAUGUAGCUCAGGAGUAUAUCGAGACACUUGGUCUGAAGCACAUUGCUUUCAAACCCGGUUCCAUGGAGGCUAUCCAGGCUGUCAUCAACAUUGCAAAGGCCAACCCAACAUUCCCUGUGAUUCUCCAAUGGACUGGCGGCCGUGGGGGUGGUCAUCACUCGUUUGAAGAUUUCCAUCAGCCCAUUCUCCAGAUGUAUGGUCGCAUCCGUCGGAGUGACAACAUCAUCCUCGUUGCCGGAAGCGGAUUUGGUGGGGCCGAAGACACCUAUCCCUACCUGACUGGACAGUGGUCUACCAAGUAUGGAUACCCGGCAAUGCCGUUUGAUGGAUGUUUGUUUGGCAGCCGCAUGAUGGUGGCCAAAGAGGCGCACACGAGCAAGAACGCCAAGCAAGCCAUCGUCGAUGCCCAAGGUCUUGACGACUCCCAAUGGGAAAAGACCUACAAGGGAGCAGCUGGUGGCGUCAUCACCGUUCGAUCCGAGAUGGGUGAGCCCAUCCACAAGCUUGCCACUCGCGGUGUUCUCUUCUGGGCGGAGAUGGACAAGAAGAUAUUCGGCAUCCCAAAGGAGAAGCGCGUUGCCGAGCUCAAGAAAAACCGCGAUUACAUCAUCAAGAAGCUGAAUGACGACUUCCAGAAGGUGUGGUUUGGCCGAAACGCGGCUGGCAAGACGGUUGAUCUUGAGGAUAUGACAUACGCAGAGGUUGUUCGCAGAAUGGUUGAGCUCCUCUACGUCAAGCAUCAGUCACGCUGGAUCGAUCCCACAUUCGCCAAGCUGACCGGUGACUUUAUCCACCGUGUCGAGGAACGCUUCACCCACGAGUUGGACCAGCCUUCGUUGCUUCAAAGCUAUUCAGAUCUGGAUGACCCUUCCCCUACUGUCGAGCGCAUACUCAAGCACUACCCAGAGGCCGAGACGCAGCUCAUCACUGCUCAGGAUGUCCAGCAUUUCCUGAUGCUAUGCCAACGCCGUGGCCAGAAGCCGCCGACUUUUGUUCCAGCCCUUGAUGAAAACUUCGAGUUCUUCUUCAAGAAGGACUCUCUAUGGCAAUCCGAAGACCUUGAAGCCGUCAUUGACCAAGACGUCGGCAGAACUUGUAUCCUGCAAGGACCCCUCGCGGUGAAGUACUCCAAAGUCCUCGAUGAGCCUAUCAAGGACAUAUUGGAUGGCAUCCACAAUGCACACAUUGCCAGUCUCACCAAGGAUGUCUACCACGACAAACCAGCCGAUAUCCCUGCGAUCGAGUACUUCGGUGGCAAGCUCAUUGAAACCGAGAUUCCUCUCGAUAUCGAAGGUCUCACAGUGUCGUAUGAUAACAACAAGAACACCUACCGACUCUCUUCAUCGCCUACUGUUGCAUUGCCGUCCAUUGAUUCUUGGCUGUCGCUUCUGGCAGGACCCAACCGGUCUUGGCGGCAUGCCCUUUGCUUGUCGGAGGUCCUGGUUCAAGGACAGAAGUACCAAACUAACCCGAUGAAGCGAAUCUUGGCUCCUGUCCGUGGCCUGUUUGUUGAGAUUCAUUAUCCUAACGAACCUAGCAAGACCACCAUCAUUGUGAGAGAGCAGCCCAGACACAAUCACUACGUUGAUGUGAUUGAAGUGAAAUUGAACGGCAAGAACGAGAUCAUUGUGAACAUGAUCAAGGAUACCACAGCCCUUGGCAAGCCCGUGUCGUUGUCACUCCAUUUUACAUACCACCCCGAGGCUGGAUACGCGCCAAUCCGCGAAGUCAUGGAAGGCCGUAACGAUCGUAUCAAGGAGUUCUACUGGCGUGCAUGGUUUGGCGAUGAGAAGUUCGAUCUUGAAGCUCCCGUAACGGGCAAGUUUGACGGUGGCAGCGCUACCAUCACCAGCGAGGACAUCAACGAAUUUGUUCAUGCCGUUGGCAACACCGGAGAGGCCUUUGUUGACCGCCUUGGCAAAGUCAUGUACGCCCCAAUGGACUUUGCCAUUGUCGUUGGAUGGAAGGCUAUCACCAAGCCCAUCUUCCCUCGCAAGAUUGAUGGCGAUCUUUUGAAGUUGGUCCAUCUUUCCAACGCUUUCCGCAUGAUGCCUGGCGCCGAGCCGCUGAAGAAGGGGGACAAAGUGCAGACCACCGCGCAGAUCAACGCCGUCAUCAACCAGGAAUCCGGCAAGAUGGUUGAAGUCUGUGGUACUAUCACGCGAGACGGCAAGCCCGUCAUGGAAGUGACGUCGCAGUUCCUAUACCGCGGUGUCUACACGGAUUUUGAGAAUACCUUCCAGCGCAAAAUCGAGACACCGAUGCAAGUUCACCUCGCAACCGCGAAGGACGUUGCUGUGCUCAAGUCCAAGGAGUGGUUCGUGACUGAUGACAACGAGGAUCUGGUGGGCAAGACCUUGGUCUUCCGUCUGCAGAGCUUGAUCAAGUUCAAGAACAACACCGUGUUCAGCAGCGUUGAGACGCGUGGACAAGUCUUGCUGGAACGUCCAACCAAGCAGAUUGAUCAAGUCGCAAGCGUUGAUUACGUGGCCGGUGUCUCUCAAGGCAACCCAGUCACUGACUAUCUCGAGCGUUGUGGAACUUCCAUUGAGCAGCCUGUUGACUUACGCAACCCCAUUCCGCUCAGUGGCAAGAAGCCACUUCAGCUGAAGGCGCCAGCUUCCAAUGAAAACUAUGCCCGAGUCUCUGGUGAUUUCAAUCCCAUCCAUGUGUCUCGAGUUUUCUCGGCAUAUGCCAACCUGCCAGGCACCAUCACCCACGGCAUGUAUUCGAGUGCUGCCGUUCGAAGUCUCGUUGAGACUUGGGCCGCUGAAAACAAUGUUGGCCGCGUUCGAAGCUUCCAUGCUUCCUUGGUUGGUAUGGUAUUGCCCAAUGAUGACAUCCAAGUCAAGCUUGAGCAUGUGGCCAUGGUUGGCGGUCGCAAGAUUAUCAAGGUGGAAGCGAUAAACAAGGAGUCGGAAGAGAAAGUUUUGCUAGGUGAGGCCGAGGUUGAGCAACCCCGAACCGCUUACCUCUUCACCGGUCAAGGCUCCCAGGAGCAAGGCAUGGGCAUGGACUUGUACGACCGCAGUCCAGUCGCGAAGGAAGUCUGGGAUCGAGCUGACAAGUACCUCAUGGACAACUAUGGCUUCUCGAUCAUCAACAUCGUGCGAAACAAUCCGAAAGAGCUCACUGUCCACUUUGGUGGUUCCAAGGGCAAGGCCAUCCGCCAGAAGUACAUGGACAUGAAGUUCGAGACCGUGGCUCAGGACGGGUCGACCAAAUCCGAGAAGAUCUUUAAGAACAUCUCCGAUAAGUCAACCUCGUACACUUAUAUGUCCCCACAGGGGCUGCUGUCAGCUACUCAGUUCACCCAGCCUGCUCUUACGCUCAUGGAGAAGGCUGCGUUUGAGGAUAUGAAGUCGAAGGGUGUGGUCAAAACCGACGCCAUGUUUGCUGGUCACUCUCUUGGCGAGUAUGCAGCGUUGGCAUCUGUAGCUGAGGUCAUGCCUAUUGAGUCUCUGGUAUCCGUCGUCUUCUACCGUGGCUUGACCAUGCAGGUUGCCGUUGAGCGUGAUGCCGAAGGUCGCUCCAACUACGGCAUGUGCGCGGUCAACCCCAGCCGCAUUUCCAAGUCAUUCAACGAAGAAGCUCUCGAAUUCGUGGUCGGCAAUAUUGCCGAGGCGACCGGCUGGCUCUUGGAAAUCGUCAACUACAACAUCAAGAACAUGCAGUACGUCUGUGCGGGUGACUUGCGAGCUUUGGACACCCUUACUGGCGUGAUGAACUUCCUCAAGGCCCAAAAGGUCGAUAUCGUUCAAUUAAAGCAGGAGCUCCGUCCCGAGGAGGUCAAGGAGCACCUUGUCGACAUCAUCAGGGGCGCUGCCGAACAGACCGAGGCAAAGCCAACGCCUAUUGAGCUUCAGAGAGGACUGGCUACCAUUCCACUGCGUGGCAUCGAUGUGCCCUUCCAUUCCACCUUCCUGCGUUCUGGUGUGAAGCCGUUCCGAAACUUUCUGAACUCGCAAAUCAAGGUGACGAGUGUCGAUCCUGCGAAACUCAUUGGAAAGUACAUUCCCAACGUCACUGGAAGACCUUUCGAGAUCACGAAAGAAUACAUCGAGAGCGUAUAUGCGAAGACGGGAUCACCAAAUCUCAAAGCGAUCUUACAGAACUGGGACGAACUACAAGGUGAUGCUCAACCUGCUGGUGUCAAUGGCAUUGACGGAGUGAAGAACUCCGAGGUUGAGGUCAAUGGAUACCAAUAA